AUGGCAGAUUCACAAGAUCCAGUCGUCACUGUCGCUUCCGACAAGGAAGAUGUAUCACCAACUCGUUCAAACUCAAAAGCCUCGCCCUCAAAAAAUGUUACGACUAAUACCAACUCUCCCCAAAAUCCUCCAUCAACAAGGACCAAACCAACAAAUGAUAUAACGACGGAAGACGAAGAACGCAGAACACCCGUCCCAGAUAAUCAUUCAACCACACCUGCUGGCAAUACGUCGUCGCGCUCACGUAAUAAAUCGGCGAAAGAUCAGCCCUCUACUAUGCAAGGGAAUCUUGGACCUCAGAAUAAUAAGAUUCGUCAUCUGAAAAAGGAUGACGGAGAGCCUCUAUGGAGGAAGGACAUCCAGUAUGAUUUUCUGAAGCUUAUCUUUGAAGACGACAACGCCGUAUUCACAAACGGUUACGAUGAUACCCUGCCGAAACAGACCUUCGCAGACCUCUAUAUCGAUACGAUGGCUAGGAGUAGUAAGACGAGUAAGAUCUUGAGGGAUAAAUUGCUGAGCGAGCAUGAGCCAGCAAAGAACAUGGCAAUGGUGUGCCUUUUGGUUAAUCUUGGUCGCAUGAAUACCACUUUGAAUUUCUUUCCAGAGAUGCGAGCACAACUGCGUACCUAUCACGCCAUUCCAUCUCUGCAAGCUCGACAAGAUCCGAACUCUUACAAGCAGCUUCAAGAUGCGCCUCGACUCAAAUCUAUACUGAAGGGUGCAUCUGAGGAUCGUCCUGAACCUGGUACAUUGGAAAAGAUCAAAUCAACACCGAUUCCUCGAACAAAUCCAGUCAACCUUAUCUUCGUUCUUACUAACCAUGCCACGAAGGUUACAGAAUUGCAUUUUCCCACAACUCGUGAAUUUUACGAUCUAAUCAUGAACACUCAAAUUACUAGCAAGUCAAGGGCAAAGGCGUUCUUAUGGUUGAUGUGGUUCUAUCUCGAGUCGGAUUUUACGGAAGAAGGGGCAGAUGAGAAUCCAUUUGGGUCUGGCGUAGAUUAUGAUACCGACGUCAGAAAUCAGGGUGUUCCACGACUACAGGAUAUGACAGAAGAAGAAGAAUUAUUGGAGAACGUUGAUACGGAAGAAGAGCUAGAGUAUGGUCACACUAAGAUGCGCGAACGCAAACGUAUCAUUGAAGCAGACCAAAUCGCUUUCCAAGCAGAAAAUGGUCCUCCGAAACGUGGUCCUAAGCCAAAGCUCAACUUACCGCUCGAUGAGGGUUCCAAUUCAUCUACUAUUAUGAGUCGUGUUCGGCCUCGUUAUGAUGAUGUAGUUGGAACUCCUGCUGGUUUGAUUAGUAAGAUUCGCCCCAGACACGACUCCGAUCUUGACAGCACACGCUCAACCCCGCCCCCUCGAGCCUUUGGUUCCAGCAACAUGCGUAUUAACAGUGUUCUUAAUGCAGGCUCCAGAUAUCGAGGCGCAAAGUCUGGUGAAGGUUCAUCUCCAGCGCCAGAGGUGCCAGCUACUCUUUCCAGGCGACAUCGACCGCUCACCGCACAUCAAAUCGCCGUAGAGCGGAACAGGAACCAGCGAGUCGAUUAUAUUCUAAGUCGUGGUAUCAGAAAGGCACACCACGCGGCGAGAAAGUUGCGUAAGCAACAGGGCGUUUUUGCUCGCGCAUACCAGAGGGUGAAUGCAAUGUCAGAUCCAUUCAGCGAUAGUGAGGAUGACACCUAUCACAGGAAUCCUUACCCAUUCAAAGAACGAGGAUUCGGUGGUCUAGUUCAACUCGAAGCCGAAGAGGACGAUUUUGGAGAAGAAGUGUCAGCGUAUGCAGCUGCUUUUCGACGUGCCGGGAGAAGGCUUGAUCGUUGGGAUGGUCAAAAGGGCUUGAAUCUUGGAGUUAUCGGUACCAACCGCAUCUUGACAAGCAAUGGCAUCAACGGUCAUCGCGCACGAGAUAGCGACGAAACCGAAGAUGAGCCCGACGAGCCAGUGAUUCAUAAUCCAAAGCACCAGGCAAAUGGACAUGUUACCGUACAGGGAGGAGGGGAUGAUGAUCUUGAUGAUAUGGAUAAGGAGCUUUUGGGGUUGGUAUCUGAUGAUGACGAGGAUGGUCUUGAUCCGAUGGAAAAAUCAUUGUUGGGAAUUGGCGGAGACGAAACCGAGAUAGAAGCUAGCGACACGGGAAUGGAUGUGGAUUAG